AUGACGUCGAACAAAGCCGCUUACAUCAAGACGCGCCAUGCGCCAGUCGAGUUAGAAGCCACUGAAAUGUGGUUCCCGAACAUGGUCAAAUUCAAAACGGCAAGUGAAAACAAAUCCGGGGCGUGGCAGCAGUACGCAAUUGGCUUGGAGGAAAAUCUGGUGAGACUCGCGCCAGAGACUUCUCUGGAGGUUGGUUCUGGUGUCAUCGCCAACCUUGCGACAGUGGUCUCUGCCCUGACGCUUCACAUGGGCUGCUUGUCCAAGCCGCCUGUCGCAGGAAGGCCGGAGCCUAAUGGAAAAAGUAUUUUUGUAUACGGAGGUGAAAUAUGCCAUGGGUACCACGUCGUAACGACCUCUUCGCCAAGAAUCAGAGAGCUUGUGGAACAGCGCAAGGCCACACAUAUCAUCGACCAUACUCGGCCAAGAGAGGACCUUGUUCGGGAAAUUCUGGCUCAUGGGCCUUAUGAGGGUAUCUUCGGUAGUACUGCCACCUCGGAGGCGACCCAGCUCAUGGGUGAGUUGCUUCGAGAUACUGGAGGCCUGAUCUUCUCAACCGGUCCUACGCUGGAGGACGACGCGCUCCCUGACAAUGUGCGGAACAAGUGGGCGGGAUAUUCCGAUAUCUUGGUGUCGGAGGCAGCCAAUCAAGGUCUUCGUGAUUGGUAUUUGAGAAGCUACCUACCGGCAGCCUUGAAGAGUGGUGAAGUAUGGCCCAGUCCUGCGGUUAAGCUUGAGGGAGGGUUAGCUUCUGUUCAGCGGGCGCUGGACCUGAUGUUUGAGGGUAAAGUCAGCGGGUCCAAGUUAGUCGUUGAUCCUUGGGAUUGA